AUGAUGCAAGAGCUGGACCAGUUAAGUUCGAUUCAGUCAAAAGUUUUGAACCAUCUAAUAGUUGGUAAGCAAGUUGUGGCUCAGGCCUACAACAAAAGGGUUCGAGAGAAGACUUUUGAGGAAGGAGAAUUAGUAUGGCAAGCUAUUUUGUCACUCGGAACUCAAGUGGCAGGACUAGGAAAAUGGAGUCCUACUUGGGAGGGCCCUUUCAUGAUCAACAAAAUCCUAAGUAAAGGGGCAUACUUACUACAAGAAAGAGAUGGUAUCGUGCAUCGGCUCUCGAUAAAUGGACAAUGGCUAAAGAAGUUCCUGCUAGGAUGUUAA